CUGAAACAAGAAAUUCUGACAUCUCGUAUUCUGGAAACCGUUUACUUUAGUUUUAAUAGUUUUAAUGUUAUAUUGUUCAAAUUGGCUGUUCUGCGUCAAAAUCAUCCAAAUCAAAUCAACACUUGAUAUUAAAAACUAAAUUAAAAUUCCUUAGGCGAACCCGGAACCUUCGUGUCACACUCUAGUCAGACAUUUAAAUUCGUUAAAUGUGACGCUUGUUUGCACAUAACCUGUUUCCACGAGGAUCAUUUUGAUAUUUGACUAAACCAGCAAAUAAUAUAAACUUAACACGUUAUAAUUCAAAACACGGGUGCAGCUGCCCGGAACUUAGGCGUCUGUGUCACACUCCUAUCGGACACCUAAACGCGUUACUCUUGUGACUUCCGGCGCUUGUUUCUGUCAAUUUGAAGAGAACUUGUUCCCAUAAGAAGAAUAUUUAAAUCCUGUUGUUUGACCAAACCAGAAAAUGACCCAAAUGAUUUUAUUUAUUAAAAAUCAACACAUUUAUAGUAGUUCGGCGUCAUUAUCCGGAACCUUAAGUGUGCCACAUCCCUAUCGGACAACUAAAAGCGUUACUCUUCUGACUUCCGGCGCUUGUUGGACUGUCUCUUCGAAUCAAGAUUGUGGAUUCUGGUGUUUAAAUGGCAGAACUAUUAAAAGCGGAGUCACGCUGUUUGUCCAGAAGAACUCUCUAGAGGGAUCUCCAGGAUUUAGGUCUCUUCUCUGUACUAUGUUCAAAAAGAUGAGUGAAUUUGGUCCAGAUUCCGGGGGGAGAGUGAAGGGAGUGACGAUCGUGAAACCCAUCGUGUUCGGGAACGUCGCCCGCUACUUCGGGAAGAAGAGGGAGGAGGAUGGACACACGCACCAGUGGUCUGUGUACGUGAAGCCCUACAGGAACGAGGAUAUGUCGGCGUACGUCAAGAAGAUCCAGUUCAAGCUGCAUGAGAGCUAUGGUAACCCACUGAGAGUGGUGACGAAGCCUCCAUAUGAGAUCACCGAGACGGGCUGGGGCGAGUUCGAGAUCAUCAUCAAGAUCUUCUUCAUCGACCCCAACGAGAGAGCUGUGACUCUGUACCAUCUAUUGAAGCUGUUCCAGUCAGACUCCAGUGCCAUGCCCAAGAAGACGGUUGUCUCUGAGUUUUAUGAUGAAAUGAUCUUCCAGGAUCCUACAGCCAUGAUGCAGCAGCUCCUGACCACAUCAAGACAACUCACGCUGGGAGCAUACAAGCACGAGACAGAGUUCAGUGAGCUGGAGCAGAAGACCAAGGAGAAGAUGGACACGGCGAAGAAACGAACCAGUCAGGAGAUCGCAGAGCUGAAGGACAAACUAAAAGCCAGCAGAGAAAACAUCAACCACCUGAAGGCGGAGAUCAGGAAGCUGGAGGAGGACGGAGACCACAAGGACCACUGAAAAAAUGGACAAAUGUGAAUGAGGGCUCGUGGUUUCAUCUGUAAUUUUAAAGAAAUGAUGCAUUGUUUUGAAAUUUUCUGAUUCGUUUAUGAUUAUUUACCAAAAAUCUUCUGUUUUGAAACAAGGCUUUGGUAUUCAAUGUGAAUAGUGGUGUGUUUUUUUACUGAACCUGUCAUUUUCUAUGUAAAGUAAAUAUGUUUACAAUA